UCUACUGAAACAACGACAGUCUUUAGGUUUUGGUUUUGAUCAGUGCAUCAUCUCUAAUCCGUGGACAGUUUCUGUUGUUUAAAAUUGACGAGUUGUGCUAUUGCCAAGGACAGCCAUGAAAAUCACGAUCGCCUUAUUGGCCAUUAUUGGCCUGGUGGCAGUCAGUGCCUACCCACACAAGCCGGAGAAGAAGUAUGCCAGUAAGGAUUUCUUGGCCAAACAGAAAUUCUUCUUCGAAAUUGUCUAUCGUGUUGAGGAUCCCUUGAUGUUCGAGGAAUACAUCAAAUUGGGAAAGACCUUUACUUACGACAAGAGUGAUUAUGUGCAUCCUGAACAACGCAGCGUCUACAUGGAGAAAUUCUACAAUGCCUACAAAUAUGGCGUGACUUUGCCCAAAGGUGAAUUUUUCGGUUCUUUGGCUUUCACUCACUUUGAGCAAAUGUAUGGCUUGUUUGAUUUCUUCUACUAUGCCAAGAACUGGGAAGUCUUCCAACGCAAUGUCUGCUGGGCCCGCAUGCAUUUCAACGAAGGCAUGUUCGUCCAAGCAUUGACCUUGGCCGUUAUCCACCGUGAUGACUUCGAAGGCUUGAUGUUGCCCGCAAUCUAUGAAAUCUUCCCACAAUACUUCUUCAACAGCAAAUUCGUCUACGAAGCUGAGAAAUUCGAUUAUGAUGUCUGGAGCAAAUACAUCAUGUACGAGAAGGAAUACAAGGACUUCAUGUACAAGGACUACUCCCAAUACUUCAAGAAAUUCGACAACUACGAAUACUUCUACACUAAGGACUUCAAGAUGUGGCAAUGGUGGAAACUCAUGGGUUUGGGUGAACACUGGUACGCUGAAGGACAUCACAUGGAACGCGACAACAUGUACAUGUUCAACAAGGAUUCCACAUACUUGGAUGUGAUGAAGAAUGUUAACAUGUUCUACAUGCCUGUUGACUACACCCGUGACGUUUACUUCUUCAACAAGGAAUCUGAGUUGUCCUACUUCACCGAGGAUGUUGAAUGGAAUUCAUUCUGGUACUACUUCAAUAUGGAUUACUUCCCCUACUUGGAUGGCGAUGAUUUCGGUUUGAAGAAGGAUCGUCGUGGUGAAUACUACUUCUACGUUGUCCGUCAAAUGCUCGCCCGUUACUACAUGGAACGUUUGUCCCAUGGCUUUGGUGAAAUUCCCGAAUUCUCCUUCUUCACUGAAGUCGAAUACGGUUACGAUCCUCAGUUGAUCAACUACAACGGUGUUGGCUAUUCUUACCGCAAGAACUACUACGAAUACGAGACCUAUGGCAACUUCGACUACAUGUACUACAUCAUCAACUUCUUUACCCGUGUUGAAGAAAUCAUUACCCAGGGCUACUUCAAGACCUAUGAUGGCAAGAUGAUUGACAUGCGUAAGCCUGAAUCUAUUGAAUACCUCGGUGACAUCAUGCAAGGCAAUUACGACAACUACGACAAAUACUUUGCCACUUUCUGGUACAUGUACGCCCAUAUGUACUUUGCCCAUAUCGAUGACACCGAAUUCUAUGUCCACCCCAAUGUUUUCUUGAACUACGAAACCAUGAUGCGAGAUCCCAUGUUCUACAUGAUCUACAAGAAGAUCACCGAUGUGUUCUUCCAAUUCUACGAAUACAUUGAACCAUACACCCACAAGGAAUUGUACUUCCCUGGAGUUGAAAUUGAGAGCGUUAAGGUCAGCGAUUUGGUCACCUACUUCGAUUUGUUCGAUUUCGAUGUCACCAACUUGUUGAACGACAAGAUGACUUUCGUUGAUGGUCACUUUGUCUGGGAUAAGACCUUGUUGGCUCGUCAAAUGCGUCUCAACCACAAAGACUUCGAUUUCGAAUACACCAUCAAAUCGGACAAGGACCAAAAGGUUGUUGUACGCGCCUUCUUGGGCCCUAAAUACGAUGAAUAUGGUCGCGUGUUGUCUUUGAAGGACAACCGUGAAAACUUCGUGGAAGUCGAUGAAUUCUAUUAUGAAUUGAAAUCUGGUGUCAACACCUUCAAGCGCAGCUCCAAGGACUUCUACUGGACCACUGACGACCGCACCACCUACACUGAAUUGUACAAAUUUGUUAUGUUGGCCUACGAAGGCAAAUACGAAUUCCCCUUGGACUACUCCGAACCUCACUGCGGUUUCCCCGAUCGUUUGGUCUUGCCUCGUGGUUGGGAAAAGGGUAUGCCCAUGCAAUUCUUCUUCUUCGUCUACCCCUUCACUGCUUCGUACGAACCUUACUCUUACAACUACAACUACUCUUGCGGUGUUGGUUCUGGUGUUCGUCACAUUGAUGAGAAACCAUUCGGUUAUCCCUUCGAUCGUGAAAUCGAUGAAUUCGAAUUCUUUGUCCCCAACAUGUACUUCAAGGACGUUAAGAUCUACUACGAAGACACCUUCGAAAAGUACUACGGAUUCAAGUACGAUAAGUUCGGUACCUUUGAUCAUAGCUACUAUUAUAACCACUAAAUAUAGCUGAAUAUUCUCAAGACUGUGCUGUGUUGAGGCAUAGAACAAUGGUAUGUGAUAAUGUGAAUUGUUUUUUAACAAAUAGAAAGCAAUAAAUAAAUGAGAAAAAUAACAAAAA